CCAUGUCGACUUCCCCAGCUCCCGCAACUGCGCCUUCGCAAAAGCGCCCUCUCGAAGAGCCCUCAUCACCCAACGGACCUACCGACCAACCUGAUGCUAAGAGACCUGCUCUCGACAAGGUCAAGGACGAAGAGCCUGACCAAGAGGCCGCUCCUGCAUCGCCCUCUGCAGCCGACGUCAAGCCCGAACCCGAGACUGCUGCUCCCGCUGCUGUCGCUGCAGAUGCAGGAUCCAACGAAGGCCCUGCUGACUCGCAUGGAGACACAGUCGUACUUGACGCUCCCCCAGCUGGAAUGCCUUCAGCCACUCAAGUCCUCGAGACACAGCCCGUUCAAUCUACUGCCGCCAACGGCGCAUCUGCUGGUGGUCAAGAUCAAUAUUCAGCACAACAACAAGAUGAGAGUAACUGGCUGCACAUCAGAGCCAUCAUCUCGAGCGCUGAGGCUGCAACAGUUAUUGGAAAGGGCGGAGAGAACGUGACUCAAAUCCGCCGCAUGAGUGGAGCUAAAUGCACUGUCAGUGACUACUCGCGCGGCGCUGUCGAGCGUGUAUUGACCGUCAGCGGUCUGGUCGAUGCUGUUGCAAAGGUACUGCCANNGGCUUUUGGCCUUAUCAUCCGCACGCUGAACAACGAACCCCUCGAAGCACCCUCGACUCCUCAGUCCAAGACCUACCCUCUGCGUCUACUCAUCCCGCACAUUCUGAUCGGCUCAAUCAUAGGCAAAGGAGGUGUCAGAAUUCGCGAGAUUCAAGAAGCUUCUGGUGCUCGCUUGAACGCAUCUGAUUCUUGUCUGCCUUUGUCGACCGAGCGCUCGCUUGUUGUCCUCGGUGUGGCAGACGCCGUUCACAUCGCUACCUACUACGUCGGCAGCACCCUCGUUGAGCAGCUGACCGAGCGCUUCGGAGGCCCUGCAGCUUCGGCCUACGCUACUCGCAGUGGCGCUCCUGCUGGUGUUGUGCCUGGUGGUAUGCAGGUCGUUCCUUAUGUUCCUCAGCCUGCUGGUGGACAAUGGGGACCCCCAGACCACUUCCGCCGCCAACCUCCUACCCAGCGCGGUCCUCCNCCGGCUGGCUAUGGUAUGCAACAGCAACACCCUUACGGCGGCGCACCUACUCCCGUGCAUCCUCAAGCACCUGUUCACUACCCUGCUGCAUCGCCCAGACAACCGUACGUUGGCGCAGGCCCUCACGCUCCAGCUCCUCAUGCCGCUGCCUACCCUGCUCAGCCCGCCGCCGCAGCAACUGCUGCACACGCAGGACCUCCUCAGCAGCCCAUGCAAGGUAUGGUGCCUGGCCAGCCUCUGACUCAGCAGAUCUUCAUCCCCAACGACAUGGUCGGCGCUAUCAUCGGAAAGGGUGGUGCAAAGAUUAAUGAGAUCCGCCAGCUUAGUGGAAGUGUCAUCAAGAUCAACGAGCCUCAGGACAACAGCAAUGAGCGCCUUGUGACCAUUACCGGAACUCAAGAGUGCAACCAGAUGGCGCUCUUCAUGCUCUACUCUCGUCUUGGUCAG